AUUCGUAAAAGUUCAUACGCACACAAAUAGAAGCGACAUUAUUUUUGCCGUUGUGCCCAUCAGCCGGAACCUUCUGGUAUCCGUGUCUCAGUCGUGCCGUGCAAUUUAGCGUGUUGCACUUCUCACUUCCGGCGCUUGUUUGGCUGGUAGUUUAAUGACGAGAAACGCUGGCUAUAUAAAAACACACUUUUAAUGCUUAAAUGGAAGCCAUAUUAAAUGUGGAUACACGCUGUGGAACAAGAAGAGUCCUGUAGAGUGAACACAGAGUUUAACUUCUCUCUCUCUCUCGUACUAUGUUCAAAAAGAUGACUGAAUUUGGUCCAGAUUCCGGGGGGAGAGUUAAGGGAGUAACCAUCGUGAAGCCCAUUGUGUUUGGGAACGUUGCCCGUUACUUUGGGAAGAAGAGAGAGGAGGAUGGACACACACAUCAGUGGUCUGUCUAUGUGAAGCCUUACAGAAAUGAGGAUAUGUCUGCGUAUGUGAAGAAGAUCCAGUUCAAGCUACAUGAGAGCUAUGGCAACCCACUGAGAGUGGUUACGAAGCCUCCGUAUGAGAUAACAGAGACAGGCUGGGGGGAGUUUGAGAUCAUCGUCAAGAUCUUCUUUAUUGACCCCAAUGAGAGACCUGUGACUCUGUAUCAUCUGUUGAAGCUGUUCCAGUCAGACUCCAGUGCCAUACCUAAGAAGACGGUCGUCUCUGAAUUCUAUGAUGAAAUGAUCUUCCAGGAUCCUACAGCCAUGAUGCAGCAGCUACUGACCACAUCGAGACAACUCACACUGGGAGCUUACAAGCACGAGACAGAAUUCAGUGAGCUGGAGCAGAGGACCAAGGAGAAAAUGGAAGCGGCAAAGAGGAGAACCAGCCAGGAGAUCACAGAGCUGAAAGACAAACUGAAAGCCAGCAGAGAAAACAUCAACAGCCUGAAGGCAGAGAUCAGGAAACUGGAGGAGGACGGAGACCACAAGGAGCACUGAGGAAUGGACAUAACUGAUUUAAAACAUUGCUGGGACAUAUUUUAUGAUUACACAUUUUGUGUUUUAAUGGGUUUUUGUUUUUUUACAUGGACCCUCUGAGAAAAAAUUAACAUGCCUUUGACGUAACAUUGUUUUGGUAUAGCACUGAAACAAGGAUUUUCGGAUUGUUUCUCUAUAAAGUUGUCAUGGUUGUCUUUUUUACCCAAACAUUGCUUGAACUGCUGAGGAUAUAUUGUAGUCAGACAUUAAUCCUGUCCACUCAUCUCCAUGUAAUAGACCCCUGAACGGGACCAGAGCAACAGUCAUUCAGCAUCCCCAUAGUACUCACACCUACCUGAUGAGGUGUCCAUCUUUGUGUUUUCAUUUUGUAAAGUUUCACUUUUUUAUUUUUCAACUAUCUUUUGGUUUUCUAUAAAAACAAAAAUUGUUACAGGA